CUCCCUCGUUCCAGUCUCCGGUGACUCCGGUUCGGGGUCCCUCGCGGCCGAGCCUCAGCCACGAACCGAACGGAAGCAACGUGAGCCACAAAAUCUUCCACCUACAAAAACUUCACCGGGAACCGAGGGAGGCCGGAAGGGAGGAAGGAUCGGCGGCGACAAUGGCUUCCCUGAACUUCGCCGCCGCCGCCGCCGCCGCCGUGCACCUCCGGCGGCCGGACCUGGCCUCCAACUUCGGAAACCGCCAGAAACCUUCGAAGCUCGUCCGCGGGAAGCGACUCGCUCUGUCGUUGAAUGCGGGCGGGUUCGACGGAACCUUCGUCGGCCGCGCCAGAAAAGCCGGAGAUCGAGCUCGAUUUCAUCGGGCCGAAGCCAGGGGCUGACGGUUCGUAUCCGGUGGAUAAGGCUAAGGCCGUAAGCGGAGAGAAGCUGCUGAGGAACAUCAUGAACGAGAACAAGAUCGAGCUCUAUGCCACGUAUGGGAAAGUGAUGAAUUGUGGAGGUGGUGGAAGCUGUGGAACUUGCAUUGUGGAGAUUAUUGAUGGGAAGGAUCUCCUAAAUGAGAGAACCAAUACUGAACUGCAAUAUUUGAAGAAAAAACCUGAAUCCUGGAGACUUGCUUGUCAGACUAUUGUGGGGAAUAAAGAAAACUCUGGAAAGGUUGUGGUACGAAGAUUGCCCCAGUGGAAGAAGUGAUGGAGAACGAGACCUUGUAAAAGGAGAUGCGUUGUGACAGGCAGUAGACACGCCGUUGCACUUGUAUUCCCAUGAUUUUUCAAGUCGAUAGUGACCUUGAUUGUGCACGCGUAGUUUUGUUACUGGAGCGAACUUUUAGUUUUCUAUGGAGAUAGAUGCAUGAAUAGAGAAGCAUGUAGAUGAUGUUCCAAUGAAUCCUGAACGGUUGAUGGGGCAUCAAAGGAAACUCCGAUUGGCUAUUAUAUCACAUACCCUGUUCAGAAGCCUCAACUCUGAUAUCAAACUUGCCCGUCUACAUAAAACUGUUGUCCCU